ACAAAGUUUGAUUUGUUUUUCAUUGCUUGUUGCAUUUAGUCAGGAGAGGUUAAGUGGAUUGCACGAUACUUUUAAGCUGGAAAAGAUUAAAAAAUAUUUUAUAAAUAUAAACGCUAAAGCACAAAACUGUCGUUAUUAUCGAGUAUAAUUUUCCAGUGGUUUUUAGCAAAUUUCAAAGAGUUCGAUCUAAGGGGGUUUGUACGAGAUUCAAGAUUUCCCGAGAAAUUAUUUCGUCAUUUUCCUUUCACCGUAAUGGGCAAACCGAGGGACGUGAGCACGGAAGAGGAGAUUAAUUUAGAGACGGGCGAUGUCCCACCACAAAAGAGACACAAGAAACAUAAACAUAAAAAACACAAGAAGAAAAAGCUUCUGCAUGAUGACAGCGAUGCUUUCGUUGACAUCUCGACUGAUACCGAUCGCAAGAAGAGCUUUAGGAUAAAAAUGAAGAAGGAAGAUGAAAGAGGUUUAGAUAAACGCGAAAAGAUAUUGAAAACGUGUAGUUUGAGUGCGGCUACUAUAAGUACUGCAUCAUCCCCAAAAGCAACCACAAAGAAAAAGAUCCCAAAGAGUAACAGAGGUAAAGACAGUGGAACCAGUAGCGAGGAAGAAAGAUGGCUCGAUGCUAUCGAGUCUGGCAAACUGGAGGAGGUUGACGAUGAAUUGAAGAAAAUUAAGCCAAAGGAUCCUAAACUAAUGACGGCUCGACAAAGAGCAAUGUUUGAGAGAAAAACUGACACAGAGCCAAAUUCAGGUAUCGAGCAACUAAUGUCAUUACCCACUGGCUACAAGGAAAAAGUCAUGACCGCAGAAGCUAUACAGAAAGCUGCUCUAAAGUCUUUGAAGCGCAAACAGCUUGCUGAUGAGAAAAGAGAAAAGGAUAAGAAAAAGACAAUGGAAAGACUACUUAAGAAACAAGAAUCGAAAGCAUCCAAGAUCAUCAGUAAAGGAAAAUUAUCUAGGCGACAAGUGCCGUUAGUGACGUAUCGCUUAACGAUCGAAGGGAGUUCUAUAUCCUUACCACCCGGUGAAGAUUUUCCAUUGUGUCGCGCCAAAGAGAAAAGUCCACCGAAACGGAUCCUUUGCGGUGUAAAUCAAUGCAAAAAUCCCAAAAAAUAUUCAUGUUCUAAAACUGGAAUACCAUUGUGUAGUUUAGAAUGUUAUAAAGCAAAUCUUCUUAUAUUCACAUGAAACAAUCGUUUCUACAAUUACUACAAUUACUACAAUUAUUCGAUGUCAAAAUAUUCUUGUCCAAUGAUAAUUUUUUGAGAUUCAGGUCAGUUAAUUUUCCUUUAUGUACGUGUACAUGUAUAAAAUGUAUAAUAUAAGCGGUCAUAUG